AUGUCUGACAAUACUGAGCCCGCAAUCUUUCAGGAACUUAAAGCUUGGCUGGUCUCAACAAUUGCUGAAUCCAUCCCCAAGGCAUUGGCAGUCUUCCAUGAAAAAACAUCUGGCGAAAUCAAUCCCAUCACACAUUUACCCUCUGACUCAGAGGACUCUCAGCCCUCAGAUCAGGAAAUCACACGUAAGCGCCCUUGGAACGGGAGUAGUGUGUCUGCGGGCAAGGCUCCUGCCAAGUCCCAAAAAUGA